AUGAAUCAUCACAAGUCUGCUGCUUUGCGCCAAAAUGUCUUUUUGGGCCCAAGGCUUUUCAAUAUGGUUCAAGAAAAAAUGACCAGUUCUCUUUUACAUCUCAUAAAUGGAACUUCAGAUCCUGUGCAUCCAUCAGACAGUACACUCCGCAAGCCAGAAGAGAGCAGCUUUAGAUACUUUUGCAGAACCACACUAUUUGAUAUACUGAGGAAAAUAAUGCUUUUACUUGGAUACUAUAUAAUACUCAAUAUUAUAUACGCAACUGCCAACGUGAUAAUGCUGGGAAAUAACGGUGUGGCAAAUCUCAUCUCUUUGCAGCUAACAAAUCCAUACAAUAUUAUCACCCCAAGAAACAUCGUUCUUAUAGCAUGCUACAACUUUUUCAACAUUACAAGCUUUAUUGUUAAGAUAAUAAGCGUGAUAUACAUGCUCAAGCGUUUUAUAAGGUUUGUUAAAAGUAUAUAUGCCAAAACAGUCUAUUCAGUUCUUUCAAUCCUGUUUUCUGUGCCAUGCUUAUUUUUAUUUAGCUUCAUCUACAAGAACUAUGUAGAAGUGUAUAUAGAAACAGACAUACAGAAUUCUAUCCUAGAGACAACCUACACAUGGAAAAACUGGUCUGUGCUAAUUGGCCUGCUUGCUAUUGCCCAAAUAUACAGUGUUGCAGAGCUAUAUAACGUGGCCUUCUUUAAAAAAGACAAAAUGAGCAAAAGUGAGUUUUUCUUCCUACUAUACUUAUGCGCUUCUUUGCUUGCAUUUGUAGUGAUGGCAUUGUAUGCGUAUAAAUACAUGAGCUGGAGCGUAUUUAGUAGUUUUUUAAAACACACGCUAGAUUACAAAAGUAAGAGAGUUCAUUUGAUUAUGUCCUACAAAAUAAAAUAA